ACUUUUGAAGUCUUUCUGUUAGUAGGAUCUGAAAUGUAUCAUCUAGAGUGUGUAUUAAAUGAACAGUAUUCCUGUAGGCUUCAGAGGAAGAAAGGCAACACCCUGGAAAAUUCUGCAGUCUUUCAGCAUUCUCGGCCCUAGGGUGAUAGCCCUGGGCAUGGAGCUGAAUGGAGCUCUUACAGCUGCCUUCUGUUUACCUUUUAUGGUUAAAAUAACAGCUUAGCAAAGAAGCAACUUCAUGGAGAAACGAUUCAGUGAAAUCAUCUCAAGCUGUAGCAGCAUAGCUAGUUUAAUCACCCCUAGAGAGCUGAACAACUGUGAGCACAAUGGGACACAAAAUCAUUUUGUGUGUAAAUGAGCAUGGCAUUGUGAUUAUUUCACUUUGCAUGGGCAAAUAGUUUUUACAAGCAGUACUUAUGCAGUUAGCUUAGAAAGGCAGAAAAAGAUAAGCUGGCUCUGAAAAAUCUUGGUGUGUAAUGUUUGGAAAACUAAAUAUUCAGAUAAUUUGGGAAUCAGGCUCUAUUGAUUUUGCCGUUAGCAGCUUCCUGUGUUACUUAUUAGAGCAGGGUUAUUGCUUGUGCCACUAGUAGUGAUGUUAUACCCUGUUGUAGGCAACUAAAGAACAUGGAUUAUUUUACAUGGUUUAAAAAUGGAAUUUGUUAAUGUUUCUUCAGUAUUUACCCUUAAGAUUUUAAUUUUCACAUCAGUAUUAGAAAACACAGAAUUCCACAGGAUAAAUACUUUUAAGAUCCAGCUCUGUGGAUAAAAUAAAUAUAUUACUUGAUAUGGUGAAUUUUAGCAGCAGUUUAUAUUGAGAAAUACAUGUAAGAAGAGAGUUAAUAAAAACUAGGAUUAAGGAAUCAGGAAUAUUUAUUUUUAGGAUUAAUGGAAGUGCUUUUUACACGGUUUAGGUAGUGUUUAAGACCUAUGGUCUUUGUAGAUUAACUAAUACAAAAAUCAUUGGCUAUCGCAACUUUAUUAAACAUUUGGGUUAUUUUAUAAUAUUAAUCUUCUCUAACUAAACAAACCUGUAUUUCAGUUCUCCUUCUCAUUCCGUCCCCCAAAAUAAAAGCCCGAAACCCCUCAAUAAGUAUGAAAAUCCAUAUAAAAUUGUGAACUAUUUUAGUUUUCCAGUGAUUUUCUAUAAUUAAGUGUUUUUUCAAUGCAUACUGUAGCUGAGUGAUGCCAAAAGCAGAGGAUUGUUCAAAAAGUCCCUCCAGUGAAUAGUAUAAAUUAAAUAUCUCUACUGUAUGGGCAUGGCCUCACAGAGAGUCUCAGACAGUUUGCAGAUCAAGGCAUUUGCUGAUGUACUAACAUUAAACAAAAUCGUAAGACAGUAGCAGUGUUUAAAUAUGCACAAAUAGAUUCAGAUCACUUGAUCUUUAGCUUUCUGUGCAUAUUUUAAAAUUGGAGUCUGUAUUUCAAGACAAACGGUUAAAUGUAAGACUUAUUUAAAGAGAACUACAAGUUCUUUGAUUUCAUUUAGAAAUUGUAGGGGUCCAGAUGAGCCCUAAUUAGGCAUAUUUUUUGUAAAACUCCAUGAGGUGUAUUUCCAAGGCAGGUCUGUAUCCUGCAAGGUCUGUACCUUUAUCAUUAGUGAUAAUAGUUAGGGUUAGAACAAAGCUAGAGUUGACAUUCAGCUUGUAGCUACUGACCCUUACAUUUAAGUGAAGGAGUACAGAAUGAACAUGAGCUUGCAGUGCUCUUUGGUAGGAACACAUCCUUGUCUGUGUUGGUAGACAGAUAUAGCAUCCACAACUAGAGAACAGACUGCUAAAGUACUACAUUGUUUUAAAAAAUUAGUAGUUUUAUUUGUGAUAUGACAUAUUUCCUAAAGAUUGCCCACAACAGGACCUUGUGGGAAAGAAGAAAGCAACAACUUUAGUCAUUAAAGGAUUCAGUCAUUUUCCUUGAAGGUGGUGCUACAGUAAAAAUGUUAAUGCCAAUUUCACAUCGACUGACACAGAAGUUCUAGGACAGUGUUGCUAUUUUGUUCGCAUUCAGUGCAGAUGUCCAUUCUGCAUUUGAAGAGAAAAGGAUGUGGAUUCAUAAUGGGGAGGGAAGAAGCAUGUCCCGUCUGUCUCUAACACGGUCCCCAGUUUCUCCCCUGGCUGCUCAAGGAAUUCCUCUCCCAGCUCAACUCACCAAAUCCAAUGCUCCUGUGCACAUCGAUGUAGGAGGACACAUGUACACCAGCAGCUUGGCUACCUUGACAAAGUAUCCAGAUUCCAGAAUAAGUCGUCUGUUUAAUGGCACGGAGCCUAUUGUCUUAGACAGUUUAAAACAACAUUAUUUCAUUGAUCGAGAUGGUGAAAUUUUCAGAUACAUAUUAAGUUUCCUAAGGACAUCUAAACUGCUACUCCCAGAUGACUUUAAGGACUUUAAUCUUUUAUAUGAAGAAGCAAAGUAUUACCAGCUGCAGCCAAUGAUUAAGGAACUCGAGCGAUGGAAACAAGAGAAAGAACAAAGGAAACAUUUCCAGCCUUGUGAUUGCCUGGUCGUAAGAGUGACUCCAGAUCUUGGGGAAAGGAUUGCACUGAGUGGGGAGAAAGCUUUAAUAGAAGAGAUCUUCCCCGAGACUGGGGAUGUCAUGUGCAACUCUGUAAAUGCAGGUUGGAACCAAGAUCCAACCCAUGUUAUUAGGUUUCCUUUGAAUGGAUACUGCCGGUUGAAUUCAGUGCAGGUGCUAGAAAGAUUGUUUCAGAAGGGAUUUAACGUGGCAGCUUCGUGUGGUGGAGGGGUAGAUUCCUCCCAGUUCAGUGAAUAUGUGCUGUGCCGUGAAGACAGAAGACCACAACCCACCCCAACAAUCAGAAUAAAGCAAGAACCCCUGGACUAGAACCAACCCUUCCUCCUUUGUAACCAUAGAAGUGUUUAAUAGUCCCUUAUGUGAAACACUAAGGAUUUGCAAAACAGUAUUAGCAAACAAAUUGUGACUUUAUGUUGCCAAUUAGUGAUAUUCGAAAACUACCUGUCUCAUAGCCAGCCAUGAAACACAUUUGAAAAACCACCUGUUUGUUUUUCAUGAUGAACAACUGAGCAUGCUCAGCGUACAAGGCUUUGUGGGAAUGUACUUUCAACCGAACAGCUGUGAUGUUGAAAAAGGCAAAGCUUCACAAAGUACUGACCCCUUGAUUGGGCUUCUGCAGAAAGACCAAUUAAAGCAAUUUGAAUAUGUCAGCUGGAGAAACGACAGUUCUUUUGACAGCAUCCCUUCCCUCCUCAGUGAUAUUCUAAGGCAAUGAAACAGGGUCCACCAAAAGGAAGAUGGUACCUUAAAAACUGCACUGAGUAUCUUCCCUGUCUGAAUGCCACACUUCUCUCAUAUCAGAUGUGCUUUACACCUCCAUAUGUUAUGUUACAUUUCUGUGAUUGUAACUCAUUUGUGCUAGCAAAUGGCUUAUUUUUAUAAAACAUUUACAACUGAAAUAACUGUGUACAGAAUACAAAAUCAGAGAAGGACCAAUUCAUAGUCAUCUGGUGCUCAGUUCUUUAAACACAAUUGAGGACUAGUUGUGGCUAAUAUGUGCAAAAGUAGGCACUUUUUAGUAAGGCCAUCUGACAUCAAAAUGGCAUAGCACGGGCCCCAAAUGUGGCGUUAUAGUUCUUUUGAGAUGCCAAUUUUUUCUUGUUUCUCUCAGAGUUUCAGUGUUUUGCAUCAUCAGUGGAGUGGUGGUUCUGCCAAGCAUUUGCCAAAGCAUCUGCCGUUGCCCUUUGUUAUUCUUUUACUAAACCUACUUAAAUCCCAUGUACCGGAGCAGGUGUUAAACAUUUUGGACACCCCCUACUCUCCAUGGCCCGGGAAUUUUUACAAAGAAUGAUAAAGCCCCAUAUUUCUCGCUGUCUGACAGGAGCAGGCCAGGUUUUGUUUAUUUUUCCUUCUAUUAAUUUUGAAAUACGAUUAAAAUACUGAUUUUCUAGCUGCCCUGUAUCUGUAUUUUUUGCUUUAAAGAAGCCAUUUGUCUGUAGGAGGUUACUGUUCCUUUAACAAAUACAGUAUCAACUCUUCUGACUUAUGCAGCUUCCUUAACUCAGGAGACAGCACUGUGUUUGCAGGUGCAAGUAUAUAAAUAGCAUUCUGCUAAAUCCUGUUUACUGCUGUUUAGCAUGAUUGGGUCCUCAAUAACUAAUUCAUGUGUUAAUCGCAAUUUAGUUUCUCCCACAAUAAUUUAUAGAAUACUGUUGUAGAUGCUGAAUUUUAAUUAAACUGUUUUUAGACGCGUAAGUACAGCUAUAUAGAACAAGGGACCGAGUAUUAAAUAGUCAGCAAUAUUUGACAAUUCUGUUUCUCUAAUGCCAUCUGAUUACUUGGGCACAAAUUAGGACCUGGAGUUUAACACUCAAUUUUUCAAAAGUGCCUAGUGAUUUUGGGUGCCCAUGCUGGAGACUGUAUCGUGGCUCUGAUUUUUGGAAAAUUCCCUCUGAAAAAUCAGGCCUCUUCAAAUUGCCCCAGAUUGGGCACCCAAAAUCACAAGUCAUUCAUGAAAAUCUUAGCCUACUGGCCUGCUGCCUUAGCAGAACAGUUGUCGGUCAUUUGGCCAAAUCUGUCUAAAGAUUUUUAAAGUUAUUUUAUGUCAUGGUUUUAUGCUCGUUUGACACACUAAAUAAAAUUGCUAGGUACUGCCAUAUUUGAAAAGAUGGCACUACGUUACCUUUCUCUGUAAGAUAUCUGUAGAAUUGUAUAUUAUACAUUUAAUAUUGUAAAAAAAUUUAACGUAUAAUUGUCAUGUAUUUGUGUAUACACAUUUCUUAUACAGAACUUCAUGCCAUAAACAUUUCUGUAAAGUAAAAGAUCAAAACUGCAGCAAGUAGAAUGAACACUCACUUUAUCCCCCACAUUCUUCAAGAGAGGUAAGAAGCUUGGGCUGUAUUUCCUUGGCCUUUGACUGACUUCAGCUUAUUGUAGCCAUCUCUUCAAAAACAGUGUUUGUUUAUUGAUUCUAUGGAUUUAGUUCAACUUCUGUUCAAAUUCUCCUUAAAGCAUCAGUUUAGCUCCUAGCUUUUACCAUGUAUAUUCCGGUUUUGUAUUCAUUUCCUGAACAGAGUGAUUCAGAGAGAAAUGGAGGCUGGACCCUUAUGUGUCCGUGCAUACUGUUUCAUUCAUUAACAUUCAGCUAGGAGAGGAAAGUUCUUCUGUAGUUAUGGUACAUUCAGGCUUCAGGAGUAUGGGCCAAUCCUGCAGUCCUUACUCAGGCAAAACUGCUGAAAUCAACAGGAGUUUUUGCUUGUGUCCCGGGUUGUAUCAGUAGGAACUGAUAUUAAGCACCUCUUACAAGGGGGUGAGGACUGUCAACUCCAGUUGAAGUAAAAUGGAAGUUGAAGGGCCCUGUGCUGCUCUCAGGAUCAAGCCCAUAGGCAGAAUGUUUUAGAUUUAUGUAGAGAGCCAUUAAGUAUUUGUGGUUUUGUUUGUCUGUUUUCUUCAGUUUGGUGUUCACCAUAUUUUUAUAGCUCAAUAAAGCAGCUACAGUACUGACAGCAAUUUGGUAAGGUGGCAUCAUAAAAGAUUCCAGGCUGCUCCAACUGAGUUAAAUGUGAACUUGAGAUGGAAAGUUUGAGCCAUGACAUCACAACAUUAACUGCAAAACAGCAUUGCAGCAAGCAAGACAUAUGGAAACAAUCACUUCGUUAGGAGAAAUAUGCCCUUUUUUUUUAAAAGGAAAAGUUAAGCUAGGACAUGUUCUUUUAGUUAGCGACUUCAGGUCACUGAUUUAAUGUUUAUUACAGUUUCAUUUGUAUCUCUUUUACUUUUUUAUAUCCCCAUAUUCUAAAGUAGCAAUAUCAGCAAAAACUGAUGUGAAUUUUUACUUCUUUCCUAAACCAUAGUAAUACAGCUUGAUUAAGAACAUUGCUCAGUGUCAUGUAAAACAGUUUUUAAAAUAUCAUCACAUCUCUAGUAAAACUGUGGUUUGCAGACAGCGAAUGCUUUUAGUUUGAAGGCCGAAAAGUAAACAUACCUUGUUUUUUAAUCUAAUUUCACUGAACAAAAUUGGUUGGAAUCUCUUUGCUGAGCACUGAAACUGUGGUUUUGAGAACUUCAGUCUUCUCUAGCACUUUUACAUGUACUGUUCUGUGCCACUGUGCUCCCAAGUCUGACAGAAAAGUGAAAGGAAAAUGUUAUGUUGUGCUUAUUGGGCAAAUCUUUAAGAAAGCAAAUGUUGUGUGCAUUCACUGACUGUAUUUAAUAGCAUCAAGGUUUGUUGACAGUUUUAUUAGAUGUUUGACAAAGAAUAAGAAUCAGCACAACAGAACAUUAAAUACUCAGUUUUAGUAUUUCUUUGUGGGUAUUGUUAAUAUUUUAAUGCAAAAUGUUUUUGAACAGUGCUUAAAAACUACAAGACAAUGUGAAACUGAAAUUAAUGUUUGAUAAAUUAAUACUGUAUGUCACUCAAAUGUGUUACUUUAGUAAAUUGUUUUAUUUCUUUACAAAAUAAGUACAAAUAAGGAAGUAUGUUUUCACACAAAUUGGGGUAUUUACGAGUAUGUACAGAAAUAAUCAAAAUAACAUAAUUCUAAUAAACACAAGAUCUUUAUAAACAAUAUGUACACAUUAUCAGUACAUUUAAAACAUAAUUUUACACUUCCUGGCCUUAAAUACGUUAUGAAUAAUCUUUUGGCUAAAUAGCAGCAGUAUAAAUUUUGUUCUGCUUUUAACAAAUCUUAAAAUAUAAUUAAAAUUUUUGUUUUUAAAACUAUUGGACAGAUAGUUCUAUUUGUGCUUUCAGUAUUGUUUCCCAUCCAAAAAAAAAUACUGCCUCAAAAAAGUGGCAAGUAUAAACGUGGUAAAAUUUGAAAAUAUAAAUAAACAAAUGCCUCCCUUCAGUAGUUACUGAAAAUACUGUGGUGUCUGGUGUCCACCUGCUUACUGAAUGCCAUAUCCAAAGCCUAUUAAGAAGACACGCCUUGGCUUUGGUAACUUAUGCUCUAGUCCAGCAAAGCAUUUAAGCACGUGUGUAUACUUACACCUAUCACAUGCUGAAAGUUUCACAUGUUUAAGUGAUUUUCUGGAUCGGGGUCUCAAGGUCUGAUCAUGCAAGGCAAGGUCAACUCCCAGUGACUUCUGUGAUGACACUGAUGACCUUGCAGGAUUGGACCCUGAGGACUUAAUACUGCUCCCACUGACCCCAAUGAGAGCAGGACUGGCCCCUCUAUAACACAACCGUUUUUGACCAUGACUUUAAAAAUCGGUGUAGAAUACUCUAAAAUCUUUACUCUCUCAUUUUUAAAACCACAAUUAGACCAUACUCUUCACAAUAAAUAAAGAUUUUUU